GCAUUUCAGAUAAUUAUAAUUUAAGAAAUGUUUGAUUUUAUAUUUAUUAUUAACUAUUUAGAAAAUAGUAAUACUUGAGGACUUGGUGGUGAGUACAUUAGUGCCUGCCAAUUGACAAGCAGAUUAAUUAAAAAAGUUUUAAUUACUUUAUUAAAAUUAUAAGUUUGGAAAUUAAUAUUGAAAAUUUUAUUGUGAUCUCAUUAAUUGUAUAUAUUUUUACCCAUAUUGCUCAUUAUUAAAAGAAAAUGAAAAAAAUUUUAUGUUCAAGAGAACAAGUGAAUUUAAAAUGUGUUCUACUUGGUGGACAGAGUUUCAGAUGGAAAGAAACUAACCCGGAUGAAUACUCCGGAGUAUUUGGUGGUGGUUUUUGGACAUUAAAACAAAAUGAUGAUCAUAUUGCUUAUAAACGAAUUCCCACCACAAAUUUGGAUGAAAAAAUGUUGAGUAAUUAUCUAAGGCUGGAUGAACCUUUAGAAUUAUACUAUAAAGAAUGGAGUUUAUGCGAUCCAAUUUUUAAAAAAUCGGCAGAACGGUUCAAAGGAAUAAGAAUGUUGAAACAAGAACCAAUUGAAAACAUAUUAUCAUUUAUCUGUUCAUCAAAUAAUAAUAUCUCAAGAAUCUCAUCUAUGGUUGAAAAAAUGUGUACUUUAUAUGGUGAAAAAAUAGAUGGAACAACAUAUUAUGCUUUUCCUAAUAUUGAAACAUUAGUUGGGCAACAAGUUGAAGAAGAUUUGAAGGUUGCUAAAUUUGGAUAUAGAGCAAAAUUCAUACGACAAACUGCUGAAAAAAUGUUUGAAUUAGGUUGUAAUAAAUGGAUUGAUAAGCUAAGAAAUAUGAAUUAUGAUAGUGCUAAAAAAGAAUUGAUGCUAUUGCCUGGAGUUGGUCCAAAGGUAGCAGACUGUAUUUGUUUAAUGUCACUUGAUCACUUAGAAGCUGUUCCAGUAGAUACACAUGUGUUUCAAAUUGCUUGUGAAAAUUAUUUACCUCAUUUGAAAAAAUACAAAACAGUUACUCAACCAGUUUAUAACGAAAUAGGAGAUUGUUUUAGGAAGAUAUUUAAAAAGAAUGCUGGAUGGGCACACACAGUAUUAUUCUUGGAUGAUUUGAAAAACUUUAAAGAAGUUGAAAAAAAUGAUGAUAAAUCUGAUGGUAAACCUACUGCAAAAAGGAAAAAAAAGUAUUGAUUUAUUCAUUAUUGUCUGUACUAUUGUUAUUAUAUUUGUAGUACUUAUAACCUUGAAUAUUUGUACUUUCUGUUGAAAUAUAUAUAUUUUUUUUUAAUUUCUUAAAUACAUAUUACAAUUAGUAUUAUUUUUAAAA